GAGGUCUGCGAUAUGGUGGCUCCUGUCUUUAAAAGUUUCCAGGCAGAGGUGGUUGCUCUUAGUAAAAGAAGCAAGGAAGCAGAGGCGGCGUUCCUGAGUGUUUACAAGCAAUUAAUCGAAGCGCCAGAUCCCGUCCCUGCCCUCGAGACGGCGCGGAGCCUCGAAGACCGGCGUCAGCAGCUGCACUGCCUCGGCGCUGAGAACCCGCCUCUGAAGGAGCUGAACAGGCCGUGGAAGAAGAACUCCGAGCACCUGGGCCCAAAAGAGCAAAGAGAGGGGACACCUCUGGCUGGGCUUGCUGUUUCGGAGGGGGCGAGGCUCGCCAGCGUGAAGAGCAAAGUGCUCCUAGCAGAAUCCUUGCUGCAGAGAAAUGAGGCUGAGAAGCAAAAGGGCCUGCAGGAAGCCCAGAUCACCCUGGCCGCUCGGCUGGGGGAAGCAGAAGAGAAGAUCAGGGUCCUCCACUCAGCAUUAAAGGCAACGCAGACGGAGCUGCUCGAUUUGCGGUGUAAAUACGACGAAGAGGCAGCUUCAAAGACGGAUGAAGUGGCCAUGAUUAUGACGAACCUUGAAAAAGCCAAUCAGAGAGCUGAGGCUGCCCAGAGGGAGGUGGAGAGCCUGCGGGAACAGCUUGCCUCCGUCAACAGCUCCCUUCGCCUGGCCUGCUGCUCUCCCCAAGGACCCAGUGGGGAUAAAGUGAAUUACUCUUUGUGCCCGGGGCCGCGGCUAGAGGCAGCGUUAGCCGCCAAGGAUCGGGAAAUCCUCCGGCUUCUCAAAGAAAUCCAGCACUUGCAGAACUCCAUGCAGGAGAUGGAGGAGUCUUCAGCCAACCAGAUUGCAGACCUGGAGCGGCAGUUGGCAGCCAAAAAUGAGGCUAUCGAAAAGUUGGAAGAAAAACUACGCGCUCAAUCAGAUUAUGAGGAGAUCAAGACAGAAUUGAGCAUCUUGAAAGCGAUGAAGCUGGCUUCCGCUAACUGCAGCCUUUCCCAGAGCAUAUCAAAACCCACCGACGCUUUGCUUCUGGGAAAGGACUCUUUCUUCCCGUCUCAGAAGUACCUUUUGGAGAAACCCGGCCUCAUACCCAAUACUGAGGAGGAUCCCUCGGAAGAUGAGUCGGCGAAGGACUCCAUGGGCACUGACCAGUCCUACCCUUCCCCUCAGCAGCUCUCACGUACGCCCAGGGAAGACUCCGCCUCCCCACCCCUCAUCCAGCCGCUGCUGGGCCCCACUGCAGCUCAGGAAGUACCACGGACCUUCUCCCUGUCCCCUUUCCCGAGCCUGAGCAGUGCCGAGCGGAUCCCGUUAGACUCCCUUCUCCCCAAACAGAUGGGGCCUCCUGUGUACAAGAGCGAGACCGGGGGCACAGGGGCUUUCCCUUCCACCUUCUAUGCCGCCAAAGGGGCGGCGGCGGCGGCGGCAGCAGCAGCAGCGUUCUCUGGCAUCCCCGGUCCAGGCGCCCCCGCCAGCGAGGGGAGUCCGCCCAGCGACCAGUCGGAAGGCAGCAACGCGGGCUCGGCCGACGAGGAGCAGUUGGAUACGGCGGAGAUUGCUUUCCAGGUGAAGGAGCAGCUCCUCAAGCACAACAUUGGCCAGCGCGUCUUCGGGCACUAUGUCCUGGGCCUGUCUCAGGGCUCCGUCAGCGAGAUUCUGGCCAGGCCGAAGCCGUGGCGCAAGCUCACCGUCAAGGGCAAAGAGCCCUUCAUCAAGAUGAAGCAGUUCCUCUCGGACGAGCAGAACGUCCUGGCCCUGCGGACCAUCCAGGUGCGCCAGAGAGGUAGCAUCACACCGAGGAUUAGGACACCAGAAACCGGCUCUGACGACGCCAUCAAGAACAUCCUAGAACAAGCCAAGAAGGAGAUUGAGUCACAGAAAGGAGGGGACACCAAGAGCUCCACUGCGGCCCAGGCGGUCACUAACGGCAGCGGCUCCAGCAACUCGGAAGACGCCAUCAAGAGCAUCUUGGAGCAGGCCCGGCGGGAGAUGCAAGCUCAACAGCAAGCCUUGCUGGAGAUCGAAUCGGGCAGCAGCAGCAGUGCCAGCAGGCCGGUCACCACCCCGCCUGCAGAACGCUCCACCCUGGCGGCCGUCAGCCAGAACAUUGUCCAGGCUUACAUCAAGCAGGAGGAGGGGAUGCUGGGCCCAAACACCAGCGGCAGCAUGGCACAGACGCCCUUGACGGUGCUGUCCCCGGCUGCCUUCGUGCAGAACAUCAUCCGCAAGGUCAAGUCCGAAAUCGGGGACGCCGGCUCCUACUUCGACCAGCACUGGGCUUCCGAGAGGAGCUUGUUGAGCCGCCCGUACACCUCGGUGUCGCCCUCCCUCUCUUCAUCAUCCAGCUACUCCAGCAUGGCCAACGGGCGGGUGUGGCAGCGGGGCGAGCCUGGCGACGCCAUCCCGAACGAGGAAGACCUCCCGACCUCCGAGGACGAGCCCCACAGGGUGCUGGAGGUCAAAUCGGAAGCGGCGGGGUCAGAGCCCCAGGGCUCUGGGCGCCUCUCUUACUACCCCUCGUACGUGCCAAGGACACUCAAGCCCACCGUCCCACCCCUGACCCCAGAGCAGUACGAGAUGUACAUGUACCGGGAAGUGGACACGUUGGAGCUGACGCGGCAGGUCAAGGAGAAGCUGGCCAAAAAUGGGAUCUGCCAGCGCAUCUUUGGGGAAAAGGUGCUCGGACUAUCGCAAGGGAGCGUGAGUGACAUGUUGUCCAGGCCCAAGCCAUGGAGCAAGCUGACACAAAAAGGGCGGGAACCUUUCAUCCGGAUGCAACUCUGGCUCACGGAUCAGCUAGGCCAAGGGAUAACCCAGCAGGCCAACCCGCCUCAUGCCAGUCCUGGGGAGGCUCGGUCUUCCCCUUCCCCACCACCUAGUCCCUCAGAGCAAGAGAAAAGUCCCCUGGAGCCCCUGAGCCUCACGCUGGAAAGCAGUAAAGAAAACCAGCAGCCAGAGAGCAGGUCCGGCUCCUCGCUCAGUGGGAAGCUCUGUCCCAACAACAACCAGGCGCCCGUCGGCAUUCAGGAGAUCGUGGCCAUGUCCCCAGAGCUGGACACGUACGCCAUCACCAAGAAGGUCAAGGAAGUCUUGACGGAUAACAACCUUGGUCAGCGGCUUUUUGGGGAGAGCAUCUUGGGCCUGACUCAGGGCUCUGUCUCCGACCUCCUUUCGAGGCCUAAGCCGUGGCACAAACUGAGCCUUAAAGGAAGGGAGCCGUUUGUCCGCAUGCAGCUCUGGCUGAACGAUCCGCACAACGUUGACAAGCUCCGGGACAUGAAAAAACUGGAGAAGAAAGCCUAUUUGAAGCGUCGCUAUGGGCUGAUCAGCACUGGCUCCGACAGCGAGUCCCCCAACACCCGCUCUGAAUGUCCGAGCCCCAGCCUCCAGUCGCAAGAUCUCAGCCUCCUGCAGAUCAAGAAGCCGAGGGUGGUCCUGGCUCCUGAAGAGAAGGAGGCCCUGAAAAAGGCGUAUCAGCUGGAGCCAUACCCAUCCCAACAGACAAUUGAAUUGCUCUCUUUCCAGCUGAACCUCAAGACCAACACAGUGAUCAACUGGUUCCACAACUACAGAUCCCGGAUGCGCCGGGAGAUGCUGGUGGAAGGGGGACAGGAUGACACUGAUCCGGAGCAGAGCACAACCCCAGCAGGCAAUCUGCUCAAGGGCCCGCAGCAGCCCCAGAGUCCCGACUCGGAAGGAGAGGACAGGAAACCCGCCUUCAGAGAUGCCGAGUGCCAAGGAGAAAGCGAGUCGCUGGUCAGGGUCAAGGAGGAGCAGCUGGAGGCCGGUGAGAAGGAGGAGCGCUCGCAUCCCCGGGAUUCUUGUAGCCUGGAUGGGGAGACGGAGCCUGUCUCUGGGCCCAGCCUCAAAGAAGAGCAGGUGGAGGCAGCGUGUACAGCAAGCCCAAGCCAGGCUCCCAGCCUCACCUGGGGCGCUGCCCCACAUAGCAAAACGCACAUAUCCGGGGCUCCCGAUUAUUCCUCUUUGCCGAACCCCAUGGAGUCGGACAGUGGCGAGAGGCCCCACCCUGACCCCAUUAGCUUUAAGUCCACUUCCGAGUCCUCUCGGUGCAGCUUAGAGGUCUCUCUGAACUCCCCAUCCGCGGCCUCCUCCCCGGGCCUCAUGAUGUCCGUUUCUCCCGUCCCAUCCUCCUCCGCCCCCAUGUCCCCGCUGCCGCUGAGCAACGCUGCUGCCAAAGCGCAGAGUUCAAGCCCUGCCACAGAAACUGGCGCCACGGCCCCAAACGCCAGACUGAGUACAAACAUUCAGCGACGGCACGAGAAGAUGGCAAACCUCAACAGCAUUAUCCAUAGGCUGGAGAGAGCGGCCAACCGAGAAGAGACCCUGGAGUGGGAAUUUUGAGGGGGGAAAUAAGCCACCCAGGAGCUAAGCUCUGUGGAAUACACCGACGAAGCAGGGAGUCAUAGCAGAGUGUGUAUAUAUAUAUAUAAAAAAGAAAUAGAGCUAUAUAUAUAUAUAUACAUAUUAUAUAUAUAUUUUAAUAAUUUCAUCAAGUACUAAGGGAGAGACAAAAGAAUCAACUCCAUUUGUUGAACAAGAGUGAUUAACAGCUACGCUGUAGCUCCUUUUUCGUAGCUCCUGACGGGAAGAUAAAACUCACUCUUUUUUUUUUUUUUUUGCUUUUAAAUGUGAAAAACAAACAUAAAA